CAGCUGUCAGCGUUUUCUAUGGAAUAUAUUUAUCAUAACCUAAAAUUCUGAAGUUUGAUUACUCUGGAUUCUGAAAUAUAAUUUUUAUUUAUGCCCCAUUAGGAAAUUUCUGUUUAAAAUCUAUAUUAAAAUCAUAUCCAUUGAAAUCAAAUAUGUUGCCCCUUUCGCUAUUGAGAACUGCCCAAAAUCAUCCAAUGUUGGUGGAACUCAAAAAUGGAGAAACUUACAACGGUCAUCUUGUGAGCUGUGACAAUUGGAUGAACAUAAAUCUACGAGAAGUUAUUUGCACAUCAAGGGAUGGAGACAAGUUCUGGAGAAUGCCUGAAUGUUAUAUUCGUGGCAGCACAAUCAAAUAUUUGCGUAUACCAGAUGAAGUAAUAGAUAUGGUCAAGGAAGAAACUGUUGUGAAGAAUAGAGGGAAGGAACAAAAAGUUGGUAGAGGAGGAGGUGGCGAUCGUCAGUUACAAAGGAAUAGACCUGCUGCUCGAGGAAAUUUCGGUGGAAGAGGAAAACCAGGCCAAGGAAAUAAAAACCAGCUGUUUCAAAAAAAGAAGCAAUAAGUUUCAUUCAUCAUUUUUUUUUUCACAUGAAUGUUCAUUUAUUUUAGUUCAUGAAAUUCAUGGCUUGAUAGGCAGUUAAGUUAAAAGUUGUAUAUAUGUUGGAUUGAUCAGUAAUUUCAUCUUUAAUAAAUUUAAUAUAAUCGUCAA